AAUAGUUUUCCAUGCAUCAAGACCAUCGCAUAGUUGUUUUAAGAUUUGUUCCUGAGUGCAAAACCUGUAUGUCCUGAGUUACAUCUCAGUUGCUUUCUUUUCUUGCCGAGAAAUAAUGGAAAAACUUUCAAAUGAACACAUAGAGUUGCCUCCUGGUUUUAGAUUUCAUCCGACAGAUGAGGAGCUUAUAACUCAUUACCUCCAUCCAAAGGUUUACAACAUCAACUUUUCAGCGGCACCCAUUGGAACAGUUGAUUUAAACAAGGUCGAGCCAUGGGACCUUCCAGGGAUUGCAAAGAUGGGGGAAGAUGAAUGGUACUUUUUCUGCGUGAAAGAUAAGAAGUAUCCAACUGGUUCAAGAACAAAUAGGGCAACUAAAGCUGGAUAUUGGAAAGCAACGGGAAAAGACAAGGAAAUUUAUCGAUUAAAGAAGCUUGUUGGGAUGAAAAAGACCCUGGUUUUCUACGAGGGAAGAGCACCAAGAGGGCACAAAACCAACUGGGUCAUGCAUGAAUUUAGGCUAGAGGGCAAGUAUUCAAACAACGCGACAACGAAUGACUGGGCAAUUUCAAGAGUUUUCCAUAAAGAUUCAAGUGGGAAGAAAACGCAUAUAUCACUGGUGAAAACCGGUGAAUCACAGCAUUCAAAUUUACCUGCUUUAAUCGAUACAUCAAGAACAUCGCAGGGUGAUGGAUCCCACGUGACCUGCUUCUCCGCACAAUCAGAAAACAUAAAACCUCACGAGGAUCUGUUUGAAAAUCUUAAUUUUUUUGUACCUCCUGCCUCAUCAUCUUCCCCUGCACUCCCAAUCCAAAACACCUACUUUCCCACACAAUUUUCGCCUCAACACCCGGAGUCUUUCUUAAUGCAAGAUGAAUCCAUUUUCAACUAUUUUUUAGAAAAUAAUGGGGAACAGACAAAAACUAGUACAAAAACAGAAUACUCAGAAGACACUUGCGGAAUGAGUACUGAUCUGUCUUGUGGUCAGAGGUGUCGCGAAGAUGAAGCAUAUCCCAUCACUUCUGGUGGACCAGUGGACCUUGAUUGUCUUUGGAAUUAUUAAAUUAUACAAUCAUUUUCAUCUUAGGCACUUGUUAAAGCUAUGCUGAAGCCAAUUCAUACCUAGAAAAGAAAACAUAUAAUAUCAAUCUUCAUGUCAUACUCAUAGUAUGUACACAAAUUUCAAUCUGAUUUUCACAUUUGUGUUCCAGUAGUUUAGGUGGGAUCAGAGCUCGUGAAUCAUGUUCAACAUAUUGUAAUAGAACUUAAUCUUAUAUCAUCUUAUUGUAAUAUAUUUAAUUAGUUAGUUGUUGUGA